CCAUCAGACUAAAAUUAUCGAUAAACGGCUGACGUGUUGGGGUCCGGGAAAGGAAUUAAUUCCCUGUUUUUGUUUGCCAGAUAAAUUUCAUAAUUCAACGAAGGGAUACGUUUAUACAUUUUAAAAUAACAAUACAAAGCAAUGGCUUUGUUGACUAUGAUAGCACGAGUCAUCGAUGGGCUUCCGCUGGUGGGCACCAUGCAAGAUGAUGAACAGACUGGACGCAGCAUUAUGGAAUAUCAGAAUCAAGCAAAAAUGUUAUUCCGCAAAUUGGGUUCACAUUCACCAGCCAGAUGUAGUAUCGAAACCGGUCCCUAUCUUUUCCAUUAUUUAAUAGAGAAUGAUGUUUGUUAUCUGGUGAUGGUAGACAAAAUGUACUCUAAACGUUUGGCCUUCAAUUAUUUAGAAGACUUAGCCCAGGAGUUCCAUACAAACUAUGGCCGCAAAGUGAAUUCAGUGACAAGACCUUAUGCUUUUAUAGAAUUCGAUGUUUAUAUACAAAAAGCUAAGAAGCAAUUGACCGAUCGAAGACGCAAUAUAAACACAAUCAAUACACAGCUACAAGAUGUGCAGAGGAUUAUGGUUCAAAAUAUUGACGAUGUCCUGCAACGUGGCACUGUUCUAUCAGAACUUGAUACCAAAACCCAAAAUCUGUCCAUGAUGUCACAGAAAUAUAAAAAAGAUGCCACCUAUUUAAAUCGUAAAUCGAUGUAUGUAAAAGCCGCAGCUGCGGGUAUUGUUGUUAUAGUAUUUAUUUUAUACUUUUGGGUUUUGUAAUAGUGGUAUGUUCAAACAGAGGCAGAGAAUACAGACACCAACCAAUUAAAAAAGUUUAUGUUUUAUGUAUUUAGGCUAAAAUGAAAGCAAACACUUAUAAUUUAUUCACACAAAAUAGAAAAAUAUGUUUUUUUGCAUACCAUCAUACCUAAUUCCAUACACACACUCUCCCUCUCUCUAUAUAUAAAUGAAUGUUGUAUUGUUUUUGGUUUUUUUUUUAAGAAAGGAAAAUUUUUUUGAGUCGGUUUAACUAUAACUUUUUUCUUUUUUUAUAAGUGAUGAUGAAAAUUAAGACAAUUUAAUUACAUUUAUUAAUUUAGGUGAAGUACGAAAAAAAUAGAAAAAAACUAUUAAACGAAUUGUUCCAUAUAACAUAAAUUGUUUAUUUUUAUUUAAUAAAAAAUGAAUCACAUUUCACUCAAUCACUGAUCUUGGUCUUCUUCAUCUUCUGUGGUGGAAGAUAAGACCUCCAUUAAUUGCUCAUCAGUAAAAAGGAAA